GCAUAGAGUAAUAAUGAGAGAAAUUGUUUCUUCUUCUCUAAUCUCUCUCUCUCCCUCCUCUCUCUCUCCCUCUAUGCCCUCUCUCUUCUCCUCCUAGGGUUUCGCAUCCUCGUACCCAACCCCUCGAAACCCUAGGUCUUCGGAUCGAUCGAAGAGAGAGAGAGAGAGAGAGAGGCAUGGAGACCCUCCCCUCCGCGGCGGAGAAGCAGCGGCUGAUCUCGUCCUUCCGCGAGAUCGCCGCCGACGAAUCCGUGGAAACCGCCGCCCAAUUCCUCCAGGCGACGAGUUGGAAGCUGGAGGAAGCGCUUCAGCUGUUCUUCGUCGGGAACGAUGGUGGUGCUCUGGCGUCGUCCUCCUCGGCUCCGGCGGGGGUCGAUGAAAGCCCUAGUGGAACGGUGAAUGAUGUUGCGCCUGAGAGCAGUAUUAAGCAAGAUGGUGGAGACGACGAAGUGCGUGCUCCAUUGCCGAUCAAAAGAGAUACUUUAUAUGGCGACGCCUCCUUUUCAGGACUACAACCUAGUUCGGUGGUGGCAUUUCGCAAUUUCGAAGAGGAAUCAAGACGGCCUGUUGUUUGGGAAUCUAAUCAAAAUGCUGCAUCAACAACAAAUGGCUCCCGCGAUAACCUUGCUUCUUUAUAUCGUCCACCUUUUGCCUUGAUGUACAACGGGCCCUUCGACAAGGCCAAGGUGGAGGCUGCUCUCCAGGGUAAGUGGUUAAUAAUCAACUUGCAGUCAAGAGAAGAGUUCAGCUCACACAUGCUCAAUCGAGAUACAUGGGCAAACGAAACCUUGGCAGAAACAAUUCGUACUAAUUUCAUUUUCUGGCAGGUGUAUCAUGACUCCACUGAGGGAAAGAAGGUCUGCACAUACUACAACUUGGUCUCUGUUCCUGCAAUUCUUGUCAUUGAUCCCAUCACCGGUCAAAAGAUGCGUGCUUGGAGUGGGAUGGUACAACCAGAUCGUUUGCUUGAGGAUUUGCUUCCAUAUCUGGAUAAAGGUCCCAAGGAGCACCAUGCUGUUCUACCUCAGAAACGACCGAGAGAGCUUGCUCAAUGUUCUACACAGACUGUAAAUGAUAAAGCAGUCGAAGAAGAAGAUGAAGAGGUUUCUCGUGCAAUUGCAGCUUCCUUGGCAGAUGCAAAAAGUGUUGGAGAACCAGAUGCUACCGAAGACGAAGCUGAACCUGAGAAAGAUGCUGAGGCUAGCUUGAAAGAAAAGCCUAUUUAUCCUCCCCUUCCUGGAGAACCUAAAGGAAGCAGGGAAAUUCUAUGUAGAGUGGCAGUUCGACUACCUGACGGUCGGAGAGUCCAAAGGAAUUUCCUAAAAUCCGAUCCAAUAAAGCUUUUGUGGUCUUUCUGCUGCUCUCAAGUGGAGGAUGCGGACAAACAGCUGUUCCACUUCACACAGGCAAUUCCCGGUGCAUCGAAGAGCCUAGAGUUUGACAGCAGUCUAACAUUCGGAGAAGCAGGAUUGUCGAAUUCGAUCGUUUCCUUGGCGUGGGACUGAGAAGUCCACUGAUUAAUCUCAAAUAGGGGCUUAAAAUAUGAGUUAUUAAAAAAAAAAAAAGAAAAGGACCUCAUAGUUCAUCAUCCUUUUGGUGUAAAGUCAAAAAUGGACUUUCGAGUUGCUGCUUGUAAACAAAUACGUAAGUUAUAGUCGAAUUAGUUUUUCUCGGUUUUUUGUUUGUGUAAUAGUGCAUUAGUUUGUUGUUAUUAAUCUAUCAGUAUUUUGCUUUGAU